CGCGUUACGCGAAACAUGUUCUUAGAAUAAUUUUAAGAUUUCGUUCCCAUGUUGUGCGUAAACUUUUAACGCAGACAUAAAAGAAAAAUUAUCUCAGAAUGUUCACACCAAAAAACUGCCUUAGUUUAGUGAAAUUUAAACAGUUCAGAACGUCAUGGGCGAGAUUCGUUCAUCACAAGUUUAAUCUCCGCCAACCAACCUACGAUACCGAUUAUCUUCUAAACCCGACGAACAUAGCGGAAAUUCAGCACAACAUCGAACACCGGAAAGGCGUCGGUAACAUCCAGCUAGUCCACGAGCUAAACACCCAACUUCAAACGCUUCCAGCCGGCAAUGAAACGGAGCGAAACCGGCUAACCACGCAACUGCAGGCGGAGCUGCGAAACAUUCCAAACCGAACCCACCCGGAAGUGUUGCACUAUGGCACCGAACCCAAACUAGUUCGGUACUAUAACGAGAAACCCACCUUUGGUGGGGCAAAAAUUUUCGAGUUUGCCGAAAUAGCCAAGAAGAUGAACAUUUUCCGAACGGAAAAGUUGAGUAAUUUUACCGGUCACAAAUCGUACUACCUGACAGCGGAGCUGGCCGAACUAGAGCAGGCACUUAUUCAGUAUGCCGUUGCGAAAUUGCUCGCAAACGGGUUUAAGCUUAUAAGCGUGCCGGAUAUUUUACCAGCACGAAUAAUCGAAAGCUGUGGCAUGAACACCCAUGGGGAACGGAACCAGGUUUACAAACUAAACUAUCCGGGUGCAACGCUGUGCUUGUCGGGAACUUCAGAAAUGGCAUUAGCCGGUUAUUUCGCUGGCACAGAAACAGCCGAAGCAGAGUUACCCCUGAAGUUGACCGCCGUCAGCCGUUGCUUUCGGGCGGAGACUUCCGGUUUGCAGGAAGAGAAAGGCAUAUAUCGGGUGCAUCAGUUUACGAAGGUGGAAAUGUUUGCCGUUUGUCACCCGGAUCAGUCCGGUGAGAUGCUGGAGGAAUUUCGUAAUAUCGAGGUGGGGUUGUUCGACGAACUCGGGUUGCACUUUCAACUGCUGGAUAUGCCUGCUUGUGAGCUAGGUGCCCCAGCUUACCGCAAGUAUGAUAUUGAGGCGUGGAUGCCAGGUCGGCAGAUGUACGGGGAAAUCUCCAGUUGUAGCGAUUGCACCGAUUAUCAGGCAAGGCGAUUGGGCAUCCGUUUCCGAUCAAGCGCUGGUGGUGAAUUGCGCUACGCGCAAACAGUAAACGGAACGGCUUGUGCCAUUCCCCGGAUGCUGAUUGCUCUGCUGGAAAACUUCCAAAAUCAGAACUACACCGUUACUGUGCCGGAACCGCUACGGAGGUUUAUGCGGGGAAAAGCUACGAUCAGCAGAAAGAAACUAUUGCCGGAACUGAAACUAACGAAGCGAUUAACCCAGGAGGAAAUCUGCUAGUGGCUAUAGUACUGUUACCAAUAGAUCAAGCAAUAAAAGUUUACGACUACAGUAGUAACGAAUAGAAUACAUCUGAAAAGGAA